AUGAGUGACCAAAGAGUAACCUAUGCAGAACUGAAUCUGGCUAAGGACACAAAGAGACAGCACAUAAAACCUGAGGGCACUAAAGGCACCAUUCCAGGAACUGAGCAGGAACUAACCUAUGCAGAAUUAAAUCUUCAAAAUGCUUCUCAGAGUCUUCGAGGGAGUGACAAGAAUGACCACUGCAAAGCAUCCCUAUCACCUCCAGAGAAGCUCAUUGCUGGGAUCCUAGGGGUCAUCUGCCUUGUCCUGAUGACCACUGUGGUGACAACAGCUAUUAAUCCAUCGAGCCAUACAGAGAACAAGAGAGGGAACCAAACAACAGGGAACCAAAAAGCAUACCAUUGUGGCCUAUGUCCACCAGAGUGGUUCACAUACUCCAACAACUGCUAUUACAUCAGCACUGAAGGAAAAACAUGGAAUGAGAGUUUGAAGGCCUGUGCUUCUAAGAGCUCUCACCUGCUCUAUAUAGAUACUGAAGAAGAAAGGAAUUUUUUGAAGAUUUUCAAAAAACAUCCAUGGAUUGGGCUGUCCCAGAGGAAUAAUACUAAUUCUUGGGUGUGGGCAAUUGGCACAAGUCCCUCUUCUGAACUAUUUGCAAAAACUUCAGAGGUGGACAAGAAUUGUGUAUAUUGGAAUUCUGACACACACAACUUCUAUUCUGAACCCUGUCUAAAAAAGAGAACAUAUGUUUGUAAGCACCAGUCACAUUAGCUCACCUAAAA